UGUAGCAUUUUGCAAAAUUCUUUGAAACUUUCAAUUUAGUUAAAGUUAUUAAUUUGGAAAAUUAAUAUGGAAAUUUGAGCAUAGGUAAUUAGAUUACAGUUACUUUGUGGUUAUUAUCAUUGUUGUACAUUCAUAUACAUUUGUUGUCCUCACAAGCCUACAUUAAAAACAAAAAAAAUGCAGUGUAACUGGUUUAUAGGCGCCAUUGCAACUGCAUCACAGUUAAGGUAUUAUAUAUUUAUUAUUAUUAUUUUGGAAAUAUGAAAAAUUAAAGUGCUGAUAAAAUAAUUGGGUGAGCAACAGGAAACCCUUUUGAACACAUUGCUAAUGUUGCUCAAGAAUUCUGUGGUCAAUUGCAACUUAGCCACCAUGUUAAGGCCCAAUUCUUGCCAAGUUGCCAAGAAGUAAUCAGUCUUACUUUUUACAUAUAAGACAAAUAUGCAUUAACAUGAACUAGCCUUUUAAGACUGGUCUAAACAUUAUAAAAUGCUAGGUUACAUACAACAAAGCACUGGGUAAAAUAUGGACAAACCCAGCAACUGGGUUAUUUUGUCCAAGCGGUGGGGUUAAAUGUUUAACUGUUAAAUGUUUAAAUGUUUAACCCAACCUUCUGGGCAGUAACCAAAAUGCUGGGUCAAAACAACCCAAUAACUGGGUUUGUCCAUAGCUUAUUUGAUCUAAAGCUUGGUUUGUGUAUUUAACCCUGCAUUUUUAGAGUUUACAUUAAACAUGAUCAAUCAACAGUAUUUCCAGUUGUCUGACACUGAACUUGCCAAACAAGGUCUUUAGAAAAACAUUCAUUCUAAAGUGUUGCAAUACGUGACUGUCUGCAAUGCAUGCAUGCUUUUGAAUUUGCAUGAAAUGAAUAUGUAUGAUAUAUCACCGGGAUCAGUGAAACCCUAAAGAGGUCAUGUGAUGCGAUUUCAAGUUUUCCUUUCUCUUUGGAGUGAUAAAAGCUGUUAGUGCAUAGGUAAGAUCCCUAAAAUUGCGAAGACUAAAGUGUCAAAAGCAAAGAGGUAUUCUUUAUAAAAGUUAUGAUUUGACCACACCCCCCUAAAAAGGCUCAUUUAAACACGCUCUCUACUUGUAUAUAUCACAGAAAGAGUUUUUUUGUAUAACCCAAGUUCCAAUGUUUAUGCAAAGAAAGGAGGAGAAACUAUUAUUCUUGCUGUAGUUGUUGCUGCCAGCGCCAUGUUCUGGAGACGCUGUGUUCCAUUGGGAAAGUGAAACAACUUUUUCUCUGCAUUAAAAAGAGAACACAACUAGAAAUCAGUGGUUACGUGGUAUUUACAACACUGUUCCAGAACAGUUCAACCCAAAUUUUAGAGUGCGUUCAGUGCAUUUACUGAUUCUUGAACCUGCAGAGAAGCCUAUGUCGGCUGUGCAUAGACGCAAUUACAACUCUGCAAGGACAGUCUGGUGCUUCUGACUCACAACCUUUAAGUAAGUUAUGCUUUUCAAUUAAAAGAACCUGCCAGUUUUGAGCAGUGAAGGAUAGUGCUUGUUGUUUGUCUUUUCUCCAAUCACAAAAGAAGACAUGAUGUGUAAAAAGACAGCACUAAGUCAUUAUAAUCAGUAAUUUACAUCCCCCACUGGAUGCAACAAAUGCCUCAUUUGUAAUGGCUUAUAAUGUUUUUGUGUCAUAGCACCAGGACAUGGCAUCACUUUAUAGUAAGGGGCGGAACAUUUCCGUCACAUGCUUGCGGUAUUCGUCCAAUCACAAUUCAGCGGACAGCUGACCAAUCCGAGCACACCUCACUUUUUUAGAACGAUGAUCUUUGCUGAUUUGUAACCUGUUUCAGCAAGGCGGGGCUUAGAAGAGAAACAAUAAUGUACAUAAGAUCAAAUCAUUAUGGCGACUGUAGUUGUGCAGCAGCCUCUCGGCAAAUACGGGAUGGAAUCUUGGAAUUCUGCAAUAUGUGACUGUGGGGAGGACUUGAGUUCUUGCUGCUAUGCAUACUGGUGCCUUCCUUGCUUUAUGUGCUCCACCACUGGGGAGUUCGGAGAGAGCACCUGUCUGCCUCUGGUGGACAUAUUGGGCCCAGCCGUCAUGGCUGCGUUUGGAGUCGCGAUUUGCAUUCCACCUGUGGGCCUGGCAAUGAGGGUGGCAGUUCGCUACAAAUAUCAAAUUGGGGGCAGUAUCUGCGAGGACAUCAUGGUGUCUUGCUGUUGCAUCUGCUGUUCUUGGUGUCAGAUGAAUAGAGAAAUCAAAGCCCGCAAAAAAUCCAUCAGAAUAGUGCAAACUAAUCCUGUGAUGCAACCCCUGCCGAUGGCAGUUAACCCACAAGUUGUGGCUAUGCAGCAGCCGAUGGUGAUCAGUGCCGCACCGGGAGAGGUUGGUCCUGCAGUCCAGAUGACAACAAUCAAUACAGUUGCUAUGUAGACCUUUAUUGCAGGUUUGCGACAUGUAUCUUCCUUAAAAAAUAUUAUAAGAGAUUCAUAGACUAAUAGGUAAACCAGUUUAAUCAAUAGCGGCGCAGGUGAUUUGGAAAAUGGGUUUAUAUUUUCUACGUUAUAUUGUGUAUAUUCUUUACAUCAGUUUUUUUUUGGUUUAUGUAAUCAGACUCACUUUUUUUAAAUAAAUUGUAAAUUGUUUUAAA